AUGUCCUUCAAGUCUACUAUCUUUGCUUUGAUUGCCGUCCUCUGCUUCGUUGGUCUGGUCUCUGCCAUGUGCAACAAGAUGGCCUGCCCACCAGUCAGCCGUCUGAACUGCUGGCACAACGGCGGAAGAUUCUUCCGCAGCGACAUUACCUCUGUUGAGCCAAAGCACUGCUGUGACGUCUGCCUCUACCAAGGUGAGAUCGACUCCUACUGCAACUCCACCGUCACCCUCGAGUGGUUCGACCAGAAUGCCCGUGGAUACCUCGCUGGUUGCCUUGAGGAUCAUGCCGUCUGUGUCAUGAACCAGAACAAGUGUUUCCCAUACUUGAACUAA